UAAAUGACAGGAAGUUUGAAAAUAAAACGUUUUAAAAAGUUUUAAAAUAGACUUUGAGUAGAUAUCGUUGAAAUCCAUCCAUGUUGUCUCAGACAGAGAUCGUAGACGUCUUGUUAGCUUCACUUGACUGGAAUGGAUUCUAUCAGAAAAGUAGAUGUGCAGUAUGUCUGAUGUCCGUCAUUGUCUUCGUACUACAUCUCAUGUCAGUUGUGUUUCUAGGAAAGUCCGUAAAACAUCAAUGCAGAUUACCAGUUAGUUUGAACGUCACUAUUGAUGACGUUAUACAUGACGUCUGGACUGCUGACAACGUCUCUCUCUACAAUGUGACGCUAGGUGAAUGCACGGUGGAGAUAAACAACGGUAGUCACGUGAUUUUUACAAGCCACUGCGUUGAGGGAUACACUUAUAAUGAUGACGAUCAAUCGUCUUUUGCGACUGAGUGGGAUCUAGUCUGCAAUGAUCAGUAUUUGUCCGAUGUUUCUCAAAUUGUCUACGUUGGAGGUCAAAUGUUCGGCUCUUUGUUUUUCACACGUUUUGCAGACACCCAUGGAAGAAAAAAAGUUUUGACCGUGACCAGUUUAUUGUUCCAAGUCUGUACUUUGGCUUGUUCCUUUCCCCCAAACUUCCCAGUUUAUCUAGUUUUAAAGUUUGCUUGCGGAGCUGUCAUUGCUUGCUCCUAUCAAGUCUCUGUUAUCCUGAUGCUUGAACUUCUACCAAAAGAACGCAGAGCCAUUGUUGAACAACUGAAAACAUUCUUGUGGUCGACAUCCCUGCUGUUUCUCUGUUUCAUUGCCUACGUGACCAGGCAGCUCAGUUGGCAUUAUACUCAGCUCACCUUGUCUCUGAUCUCUCUCUACGUUGUCGUACUGUGGUGGGUAACAGAUGAAUCAUUGCCUUGGUUGUUCGCUGCCAACAAGUUAAAAGAAGCUGAAGUUUUACUGCAGAAAAUCGCCAGAAUCAAUAAGGUCAACUAUGAAAACGUUUCGAAUAUUCUAAAGAACAACUUUGUCCAAUUUGAAAGUUAUGCUAGCCCUGAUACUCAGUUGUCAGGUGCUGGUCAAAGUGGUGAUGGUACGAAGAAGGCAAAGCAAGAAGAUCAUGUGAUGGUUUUCUUGAAAAACAGACAUUUGCUGAAAUUGACUUUGAUCUCAAGCUUUCUAAGCUUUACGGUAACUAUGGUCUACGAAGGUCUCCUGAUGAUGUCACCCAAUUUAAGGGAAGAUUUUUACCUUGGAUUUGUUCUGGGCGUUGUAACGGAGUUUCCGGCAACUGUUUUAUUUUCUUUUUUAAUAAACAGGAUAGGAAGAAAGAAAUGUAUUUACAUUUUUCAAAUCCUUGCGGGAGUCUUGUUAUUGUUAUCAACAGUUCUCUCGAACACCCCAUUGUCUGAUAACAUCCCUGGUCGCUACUGGGUUUCUCUUGUUACAUCUUUGAUUGGAAGAUUGGCUUUCUCUGUCAGUUACUCAUCUGUUGUUUUGUAUGUUACAGAACUAUUUCCAACGUCGGUGAGGAAUACAGGCUGUGGAAUAGCUGGUGUUGGAACUUAUUUUGGCUCAAUGAUAGCACCCUACGCUAGAUCACUGAGCAGACGUCUCCCAUUGGUCCCAACCACGAUCAUCGGUCUGUUGUGUCUUGUUGUGCCUUUCACUAUACUGAAUCUCCCAGAAACCAAUGGGAGAGAACUAGCCCACACACUGGAAGACUUGGAGAGAGUCAUGACAGUAAAGGCAACUAGACCUAAACCUUUCUGUAGACGACUGUUACCGUGUUGGUAUUCCAAGCACGCUGUGGUUAACAAUACACACAAUGAGGUCUCUGUUCAUGUCGUUCAUAUCGAAUCAUCAACAAGUUGUAUUUUUCAAACCAGUCAUAAGUUUAUAAAUACUGAGUCAUCAUCAAGUUGUACUUUUUCAAACCCAUCAUAAGUUUAUAAAUACUGAGUCAUCAUAAAGAUGUACUUUUUCAAACCAGUCAUAAGUUUAUAAAUACUGAGUCAUCAUCAAGUUGUAUUUUUCAAACCCAUCAUAAGUUUAUAAAUACUGAGUCAUCAUCAAGUUGUAUUUUUCAAACCCAUCAUAAGUUUAUAAAUACUGAGUCAUCAUCAAGUUGUAUUUUUCAAACCAGUCAUAAGUUUAUAAAUACUGAGUCAUCAUCAAGUUGUAUUUUUCAAACCCAUCAUAAGUUUAUAAAUACUGUGUCAUCAUCAAGUGGUACUUUUUCAAACCCAUCAUAAGUUUAUAAAUACUGAGUCAUCAUAAAGAUGUACUUUUUCAAAUCUAUCAUAAGUUUAUAAAUACUGAGUCAUCAUCAAGUGGUACUUUUUCAAACCAAUCAUAAGUUUCUAAAUAUUGAGUCAUCAUAAAAUAGUACUGUCUCAACCCAGUUGUAAGUCAGCAUAAAACAAAUCUUUUUUAUAAUUACUAGGUUAGGAAUGCCAGACGUUCCUUAAAUGGGAGAUAUAAAACUUCUCUUUGUGGAUGUGUUCAAUGUGCGAAAUGCACUGGCCUAAAGUGCGCAACGAUUUUAUAGUUAUUUGCUUCAAUUAUUCGUUUUUUAGAUUUAGUUUCAACUAAAAAAAAACAAAAACGGACUCAUACAUAGUCUAAAGUGAUUUUAUUUUUUGACAACCUGGUUUAUAUACAUAUUUUUAUUAUAUAUUUUCCGCCUGACUACAAAAUCAAUAUCUACCAGGCAGUGGUUCUCUCAACCCUUAUAUAUGGAUCUGAAACAUGGACACUCUACAGAAAUCAAUUAAGACUACUUGAGCACUUUCACCAAAGAUGCUUGCGCUCCAUCAUGGACGUACGGUGUCAAGACCGCGCUACAAACAGCGAUGUCCUUACGAACGCCGGUAUGGACAGUAAAGAAUGACUUCUUAUGGUCCCACAGCCAUGCUGGGCAGGGCACGUAUCCUGUAUGGAAGACGAACGUAUGCCAAAAGCAGUCUUUUUUUAUGAGCUAAAACUUAGUAUACGUAACAUAGGAACCCCACAGAAAUGUUUCAAAGACCAGCUUAGGCGCCAACUUGCCCUGGCUAACAUGGAGGAGAGCACCUGGUUGAGUGCGGCCUCAGAACGAGACAGCUGGAGGUCAGUCACAAAGACCGGGGGAUACACAUUUGAGACCAAAAGAAAAUCCGCUGCUGAGGACAGACGCAGAAGGCGAAAAGAAAAUCUAAAACGACAACCUGCUUGCCCUGGAUGUGGCAAAAUAUGUAGGUCACAGUUGGGGCUGCGCAGCCACGGAAAAUACUACAAUCCUCACUACUCUUAGGACUCGAAGACAAGCUUUAUUUCUUAAAUAUUUUAAGACUUUUCAAAAUAAGCAUGUUUAUUAGAGCUCUUUAAGAUCUGCAGAUUUUUUGCUGUAGUGUUUCGAGAGGGGGGGGGUCAUGGUGCCUAAGGGAUAAGGGCUUUGUUUCUGAACCUGGGGUCCUUGGGUUCGAAUCUCGGUAAAGACUGGGAUUUUGAAUCUCGGGAUUUUUAGGGCGCCCCUGAGUGCAUCCAUCUCUAAUGUGUACCUGAAUUUAGUUGGGGAAAGUAAAGGCUGUUGGUCGUUGUGCUGGCCACAUGACACCCUGAUCGUUAACCAUUGGCCGAAGAAAUAAAUGACCUUAACAUCGUCUGCCUUAUAGACCGCAUGGCCUGAAAGGAAAACUUUACUUUUUACAUUCUAGUAUUCCAGGACAUAAUGCUACAAAGUGUUUUCUCUUAAAUGAACAAAAAGAUCAUUACAGUAUAAUGGUAUUAAUUUUUUUUCUAUUUUAAUGAUAGUCCUUUAGAUGAGCAAAAUGCUUCUGAACUCUUGAAUAAAUGCGGAAAUAUCCAAAGACAUAAAGUCGGCUCAAAAUACAUUUGUUCUAGUUCUCUAGCCAAAUUUAAUUGUAUUUCUUUUUAUAGUUCCUUUUUUAUUUAAAUCUUAGAUUCAUUCGUUCUUUUUAGUAAAAUAAUCGCUCCAUGUUUUGUAUAAAGAAGGUAUUAUCUUCAAAAGGAAGUAUUUUGUAAUAUUAUUCUUGUUUCCACUUGUUUCCAUCUGUUUUUGUCCAUGAAUGUGCAACAUGAAUAGAGUUAGUAUGAAAACUUUCUUUUUUCAAUUUA